GAAACAAAGCAAGAGAUAACAUCGGCAGCUCACGACAAGAUAAUUUCACAGAUUAAAAUGGAGGUCACCUCCACACUAUCACAGCCACCCUGGCUUUGAAAGUGUAAGACUGAAUUUACUGAUUUUUCUGUUGUUCUUUGAUAAAGUUCUCAAACCACCUCUGAUGCUACUCCUAUCAAUUCUAUACAACAAACCUAUUCUCAACACCUCUACCGGGUCUAAAAUAAUUCCCAAUCUCAAUAAUCAUACAGAUGGCAGGGGACACAAAUGUCAGAUUAUUUUAUUAAAUUCCAAACCACAAGAGAAUUACAGUACCUAAAACGGCCAAGUGCAGUCCAGAGGAAUUAGUGGUUAAUUCUAGAGCACAAUGGAUGUCUGUGCUUGGUUUUGAAUGACAAACGGAAUUUUCUCUGCUAUAUAAAACUUAUGUGCAAAGGGAGAGGAGACUGGGAGGCAGGCAGGAGUCAGACUACAAAAGGCUUUGUAUACAAUGCUAAUGAGUAAGGUGAUGGUGACUCAGGGCCAGCAGGCUCCAGAAUGAGAGGAUAGUACAGAUGAUGACACAGAAGUGAUGAAAAUGAAAGCUAAUGACCAGUAGAGACUCCUGGAAUUGUCCAGGUGAAAAUUAGAGCUUGAAAACAGAAGGGGCAGACAUGGAAAAGGGGGUAGGAGGGAGUUCUUUAAAAAAGAAAAAAAAAAACAAAACACAAGACUUUCAUUUACGGGAUAUAUAGAAAUGAAAGGAGACUCUAUAGGAGUCUUCAGUCUUCUGACCUAUGGUCUUUCAGGUUUAUUGAAGGAAGUCAAGAUCGACUGAUAAUAUUAAUCUUGCUCAUUAAAUUUCAGAUUGGCAUUUCUGAAGAAGAGCCUAUUUUUCCUUGCACUUCCAAACAGGUUCACACGAAUCAAAGUUAACUUAUGACCACAAGAGGCAGGACAAAUUUACCACUGUAGACAACUUGGGAUUAUUCUGGGGUACUAAUCCUUGCAAUCACAAAAAACUAGGACAUUAACAAUUAAGGACUUUUAACUUUACGAAUUCUGUACUGUCAGAAUUCAGUUUCUCCUUCACACUUGGUAAAUUCAUCUAAUAUAGACCCCGGAUAAAUGAUUACCUAUAGAAAAAUACAUCCAUAAUUUUUCUUGCACGGCUCCACAGGUAAAAAGAAUGAGACAUUGUAGCCUCAUUAGGUACAUCUCCUAAUACACCAAUUAAAAAACUAAAAAAUUAUUUUGACUGAAACAUAAACCCAGAACAAGAAGUUCUAUACGGACAAAACUAAAGUUUGGUAAAGUAAGAUUUCUAUUUUCUACACAGAAUAUCGCCAUUAAAUACACAAGUGACAGCCCAAAAUUGAAGAAUGCUGACAUUCCAACUUUAUUUGAACCUAAUUUCCAUUCUUUUUUCAAAAGGUGAAGCUGAGAAAAAGGAGCAAAGAGGCAUCCUCAUCUACCUUCCUAACCCACGGAGGCAUCCAGAAAGCUCUCUCUGACCCGCCUUCCCAGUCCUUUAACAUCCCAGCUCAUACUCUGCUGUACCAGAGACCCGAGACCCCGUUCCUGCUCGCUCUUGUUGGGGCCAGGGGUGCAGAUCCGGCGGUGUGGUCCCCGCUUUGGCCACUGGCCUUUCUCCACCUUCCGUCCAACCCCGCCACCCCUGUCCCUGCGGCCCGAGGGCACGAGGUCUUCAUCUCGCCCGUACCACUGCCUCAGGCCGGCGUCAGCUAGGAUGGAGAUGUCGCACAGGCCCGGCGUGCCCCAAGCCUCCUUGCUGACACCACCCGCCACGGCCCCAGUGCCGCACCGUGACACCCUGCAAACCUCCGCCCGGUAAGGCCACCCUGCCAGCCUCCCCGAACCACCGUCUAAGGUCAGACGUCCGUGGGCAGAGGAAGAGGAGUAAAAAGAAAACGCCAGGCUGUGCGGAGCGACGACAUCACAACUCCCUGACGACAGACUCUCCUCCCUGGACCAACUCUUCCAAGCCGCCCAGCAACCGUCAUCGACCACCUACUUUUCCUCCCGGGACAAAGUCGAACACCCCCACCACACUGCGCCUGCGCGCAGCUCCAGCGGCGGGACGAGGUGCUGCCAGUGCGCAUGCUCCGUCCGUCAGCGCUCCGCCCUUGAAGUCUCCCCGGCAGGUUUUGAACGCGGUUGCUGAAUCUGGCCGGCACGCGCAUGCGUGUCUACAGCAGCUGGUUCUCUCCCAGCAGACGCUAGAAGCCGCGGCUCCUCCGAUUGAAGCAGGACGGGCCGGAAGUGGCACUGCUUGAUAUUCUCCCCUCUGCCCUGGCGGAAACGCGAGCGCCGGAAGAGAGGUUCCGGGCUUGGCCUGGCCUGGAGGCGAUCGAAUGGAGACCCGGGUUGAGGACGGGGGAUUGACUGGUCGCCCGACGCUGGUCUCUUCCUGGGAUGCCACAUGCGGGGCCCUGGCCCAGAGCCUCCAUGUCACCGGAGCUGGUCUCGGCGCCCGGGACUUCGACUGGGAGCAGCUGCCGGCGCCGCCUGCCCGGGGCCAGGAUCUGGUGAUUUUGAAAAGGAGCCUCAACAGCCAAGAUGAAAACCCCUGCUUCCUUUACCUAAGAUGUGAGCCUGGUGGAGGUGAAGAAAUCGUUUCUGUUGGCGUUUUAAGUUCAGCAAGAAAUAUGGAAGUAUACUUGGGAGAGGAGUACUGUGGAACCAGUAGGGGCGAGAAUGUUUGUAAUGUUCUGGAUAACAGUGAACAUGAAAUUAUUUUCUACAAAAAAUAUUUAAAAUUAGAGUCCUCCACUCUUGCUUGUAAAAUAAAGUUGCUCUCCUUUGGUGAGAAGCAGUGUGUGUUCAUCAGUAAAGUGGUGGUACACAUGAGGCCAGUUUUAGCAAGUUCUUCAACAAGCUCUCCUGCUCUAGGAUCAAGGAUAGACCUUGAGAGAGUCCAAACCAUCAUGGAGUCCAUGGGGUCAAAGUUAUCACCUGGAGCCCAGCAGUUGAUGAGUAUGGUUAGAUUUCAGCAGCAGAAUCGCGCUGCCAUCGGGGAGCAGCUCCAGUCGGCGUGGGGACGUGCUGCGUGCAGGCGCGUGGCUGACUUCCGAUCGCCGUCUCCUCCAGCAGCCCUCGGUGGGUCAUCCUCCGCCCCCUUCCCUGGCAGAGCUGGGCUCACACCCGGAAACGUGACCGAAGAUGUAAAAGCUUAUGUAGAUGGGGGUACACGGCCACCUGGCGGAGGACAUGCUCCCAGCCUCGAGGAGUGUAAAACGGUGCCGCCAAACCGUUCUCUCCUUGAGAGUGAUCUUCAGAAUGCAGCGUCUUCUUUCCUGCCAAAGAAAGCGGGCAACAACUCCAGUGUACCUCACUCUGAGUUGCUGCCUUUUCUGCAGAAUCUGUGUGGUCAAUUUAACCAUCUCCGGGUGGGACAUAACACCCAGUGGCCAGAAAACGUCACCAAGCCCGGCGAAGGCAUCGUCGGUGUUGGAAUGGGAGAGCAACCUGUUUGCUCCUACUUGGAAAAGAUUCUUUCGAAAAAUAUGGAACUGAUGGAAAAGAAACUUAUGGACUACAUCGAUCAGCGAAUCUAUAGACUCCAGGAGCACAUAGAUAAUAAGGUGGCUUUGCUAAUGGACGUGCUGCAGAACCCCAACUCCCCACCCACUGGGACGCCUCUAAGACAUUGUGACUCCGGAGAAAGACUUUCAAAUGGAGAAAGAUAAGCGCUCAGCGUAUACAGUGCACUACAGAUAUUUAUACAUAUUUAUUACAAAGCCAAGGCCCAAAACGUUCAGAGCAAGUAUCUAAUGCCAUCUGAGGAUCAGCCACGCACAUAAUGACGUUGGUGUUCGUUUUACUAUACUCGGUUUGUAAAUCCAGUACUGUCCAGAGUUAACAUGAUACGGUCAUGACUAGUUUGGUUUACACUGUUGUUCACUCUUAGAGAAUUUUAUGUAUGCUUCUGUGUCGUUUAAAUCUUGAAAAUUUUUAAGGAUUUCUAAUACAGUUCAUUAGUGCGUAUUGUGAAUGGGUUUGAUUGAAGUACUGUUUUCAUUUAAACAAGAGUUUAUGUUUUAGGGUUAUGGAUAAAUGCUUAAGUAUUUGAUUUAUUUUUUUUCUUUUUUCUAUUGAUUGUUCUUGGAAAACUGGGUACUUAAACUUCCACCUUUAAUUUCAGAUCACCAAAUUACAUUUAUAUUGUUUAUUUUGAUAAAAAAUUCGGCGUGAUGUUUGGCAUGUGUAAAAUUUGUUUCCAUUAGAGCCGUUAAUUUUAUGUGCCAUCACAUUGUAUCUGUAAUAGGAAAGUGAACAUCAGAACUGGCCUGUUCCUUGUUAGGAUUAUGACUUUAGAUUUAGUGAUUGAAGCAAAAUGAGAGAAGCUGUCUUGUUUUAUUUCAAUUAACCCAGAAAGUGUAAGGAACGCCCCUUCUCUGAGCUGACACAGGUUCUCCCUUCCCGAGCCCUUCUCUGCAUGUUGCAGUGGGAAGGGCCAGGCCCUGCAUGGGAGGAGCGAGGCCUGUGACUCUAGGAGGCGGCCGUUCUCGCUGGCAGACUGAAUUUCAGAAAUGGUAACUGUAUAUGUGUGUUGAAAGGUAAUAUAUUUGCAUCUAAAAAAUAAAUGCAUCCACUCCGGAAACUACUUGUGUUAAAUAAAUAGAAAUACUUUUGGUCUAAUAUUUGUUAAGAUGAAAAAGGAUGUUUUGUACUCAUUUACUAUUUUGGUGAAUUCAGUUCUUAAAGCGAGGGUUAAUGCAAUGUUCAUUUAUGAAUCACUCCAACUCGUGAUACCACUUUUACAGGCUCUUAAUUUAUCCGUAACAUGUAGGCACGAGGUACCUUUUCUCUAGCACUCAGGAGAAACAAGUCUCACUCCAAGCUGAACCCUUCUGUUAAUGGCUGUACAGCUUCUGUGGUUGGGGUGUGUUCUUUGAUUCACGAGUUGCCUCAAUAUAGUUAUAAGUAGAACAUAUUGGCUAUGUUUUAUAAAGUGAUUAAAAUACAGUAGUCAUGAUUAUAGUACUACGAAUAAUUCCGAUGAGAUUUUAUUCCUGAUCUUUCAUUUCUUAAUGAAGACCUAUAUUACAUUUUAUAUAUAUCUGAAUUUCAUAGGUAUUGAUUUUCUUGUAUUUAUAAGUCACUAUACACAUGUUUAUGUAUACAUAGUUUUUUAUUAAAAUUACUGUUUCAUAACAAAA